UCCUAUAUCUGUUCCUAUCUGCGAAAAUGUCUGAAACUCGCCUCUUCGAGCCAUUGAAGGUUGGCAACCUUCAAUUUAACCACCGUGUGGUUAUGGCGCCUCUGACCCGAUUUAGGGCAAAUGACGAUCAUGUUCCACUUCCCAUCGUUCCGACCUAUUAUGGCCAGCGGGCUUCUGUGCCAGGGACAUUCAUCGUCAGUGAAGCGACCUUCAUCUCUCCACGCGCUAGCGGCUAUCCCAACGUCCCUGGAAUCUGGAAUCGUGAACAAAUUGCCGCGUGGAAGGAAGUAACCGAUGCUGUCCACAAGAAAGGCAGUACUAUUUUCCUGCAGCUUUGGGCUCUUGGGCGCGUCGCUGUCCCUGAAAUUGCCCAGGCCGAAGGGUUCGAUGUGGUGAGCUCUAGCGCUACGCUUCUUGAGCCUGGAACGCCGGCACCAAGAGCCUUGAGUAAAGAGGAGAUUCAGCUGUUUAUUACCGAAUACGUACAGGCUGCCCGGAAUGCACUCGAAGCUGGAUUCGACGGGGUGGAAAUCCACGGUGCUGGCGGGUACCUGAUUGACCAGUUCACGCAAGAUAAAUGCAACAACCGAGACGAUGAGUAUGGUGGGAGCAUCGAGAACCGAUCUCGGUUUAUUCUUGAGGUUGCUAGUGCUGUGUCAAAUGCUGUGGGCCCAGAAAGGGUUGGAAUCCGUUUAUCGCCAUGGCAGAGGUACCAGGGGAUGAGGAUGGAUGAUCCAAUCCCACAGUUCAAGUAUGUCAUCGAGCAGUUGAGCAAACUGGAUCUAGCAUAUCUCCACCUGAUUGAAGCACGCGUUUGUGGUAAUGUCGACAGUGAAGAUCGUGACAGAAUUGAUCCCUUUGUCCAUGCAUGGGGAAACGAAAACCCUGUGAUUCUCGCGGGAGGAUUCACCCCCGAUUCAGCGAAAGCUACCGUGGACGAGGAAUUCCGAGAUAGGGAUGUGAUGAUUGCCUUUGGGCGCCAUUUCAUCUCAAACCCCGACCUGCCAUUCAAGAUUCGAAGAGGCCUGGAUCUGACCCCGUAUAACCGGGACAGCUUUUACGUCCCUGAGUCCGGAGAAGGCUAUGCCGAUUACGGAUUUGCCCCAGAGUUCCAAAGUGAGGUAGCCAGCGCUUGAGACUUUGGGGAGGGCUUUUCAGCCACCGAUAUUGUCAUCUAUGAGCAUGGGAUGGGUGAGGAAAGGUUUGAUCCACGGAUCAGAUUAUAAAUCGU